AUGCGCAUCUCCCUUCUUCUUGUUCAGGGCCUCCACGCCGCUGGCGUAGCCGCAGCUCGAGGGCGGAGAAUUCAGCGGCAGACCGGGACUCUUGAUCCCGGUAUUCCUUCUGAUUGCACUUAUUGGGAUAUCGUCACAAAGAAGUCUGAGAACUGCGCUUACUUUGAGGACCUGUAUGGCCUGGAGCAUAAGCAGUUUGUUGAAUACAACCCCAGUGUGAAGAGCGACUGCAGUGGCAUUCAGGAAGGCCAUUCCUAUUGUGUCGAAGUCAAUCAUGGAAUUCCACGUGAGGACAAUCCUGCUGUAACAAGUGUAGAAGACACAAGCCCAGAACCCACGCAAGACACCAAACCCAGCCCUACCCAAGAUGGCCUCAUCGAUACCUGCACUACGUUCUAUAAGGCCAAGAAGGGUGACACUUGUGCGAAGAUCAUCGCUGAGUACAAGACAUUCGAGUUUGCCGAGUUCUUCAAAUGGAAUCCUGCCGUGGACAAGGACUGCAGUGGUAUUUGGGCCGAUACUUGGUACUGUGUAGGUGUCCCAGGAACACCUACUGCUCCUGCUACCCAAACAUCGGUAUCGUCUAUCAAACCAACCGGAGCAACCAAACCAAGUCCUACACAGGAAGGCCUAAUCGACAACUGCGUCUCCUUCUACCAAGCAAAGAAGGGAGACACUUGCGCUAGGAUCAUUGCAGAGCACAAGUCCUUUAACUUUGAUAGCUUCUUCAAAUGGAAUCCCGCCAUUGACAAAGACUGCAGUGGCAUCUGGGCUGGGUACUGGUACUGCGUCGGCGUUCCUGGAACACCAACCGGUGUCCCAACGAAGACGACUGCAACUCCCAGCAAGACAGCUGGGCCUUCAAAACCCAGCGUCACGCAAGAAGGACUCAUUGAGAGCUGCAACUCAUUCCAUCAAGCUGCGAAGGGGGAGACAUGUGCAAAGAUCGUCUCAAACUACGGUACCUUCGACUUCAACACCUUCUUCAAAUGGAAUCCAGCCAUCGGCAAGGAUUGCAGCGGUAUCUGGGCGAGCUACUACUACUGUGUCGGUGUUCCCGGUACUCCUACCUCGAAGCCAUCUGCCACGUCUCCCAAGCCAACAGCAACGGGUGGUGUUGAGACCCCUUCGCCUCUUCAAGAAGGUAUUGCGAAGAAUUGCAAUAAGUUCCACCAGGUUACCAAGACUACCACUUGCUACUCGAUUGAGAACUACUACAAGCUGCCGCUCUCACUAUUCUUGACAUGGAAUCCGGCCGUUGGCAAAGAUUGCAGUGGACUCUGGGCCGAUUACUGGGUUUGCGUCAGCGUCGAGGGGUACAAGCCGUCGACAACAACAACCGCCAAAGCCACCACGACCAAGCCUGCGAAUGGUAUACAAACUCCGUCGCCUAUUCAGAAUGGCAUGGUGAAGAACUGUGAGGAGUUCCACCAGAUCAAGUCAACCACAACCUGCACUUCGAUCGAGAACUACUACAACCUCCCUUUUGCAACAUUCCUCUCGUGGAACCCCGCCGUUGGCAAGGACUGCAAGUCUUUACUAACGAACUACUGGGUUUGCGUUGCAACUAUUGGCUGGAAGCCUCCCACCAAGACCACUACCAAGGCUGCUACUACGACCAAGCCAGCCAAUGGUAUCAAGACGCCUCCACCGGUGCAGCCGGGCAUGGUGAGCAACUGUAACAAGUUUCACAUGGUUCAGAAGACCACAACCUGCGAUUCCAUUCAAAAGUAUUACAAGAUCUCUCUGGCGGAUUUUGUCAAGUGGAAUCCUGCAGUUGGGUCGAAAUGCACCGGUCUAUGGGCAGACUACAAUGUCUGCGUGGGGGUGAUUGGUGGCACUCCUACCAAGCCAGACAACGGGGUGAAGACGCCCUCGCCGAUUCAGCCUGGGAUGGUAAGUAAUUGCAAGAAGUUCCAUGAGGUGGCCUCCACAACGACAUGCGAUUCGAUUCAGAAGUACUAUAAGAUCACUAUGGCUCAGUUGGCGAAGUGGAAUCCGGCCGUCGGCACUAAAUGCACAGCGCUUUGGGCUAAAUAUUGGGUUUGCGUUGGUGUGUAG